CGGGCGAGUUUUAUCCAGGACGGAGCAGAUAAAAUUAAAGUGGGCGGAGGAGGUGGAUGAACGAGGAUCGGUGCCCAUAGCCGGUGUGAGCAUGGGCACUAUUCGGGUCUAUUACACCAGUGUCACAGGAUCCAGGGAGGUGAAGCAAAGGCAGUCUGAUGUCAUUCGCAUUCUGGAUGGAAACCGUAUGAAGUACCAGUUAGUGGAUGUGUCCAUCAGUGAAAGCUUGCUGCAAGAGAUGAGGGACAAAGCUGGGAAGCCAGAUGCGAUUCCACCUCAAAUAUUUAAUGGAGAGGAGUAUUGUGGGGAUUUUGAGAUGCUGUAUGAAGCAACUGAAAAUGAAGAAGUUAGGAAGUUCCUGAAGAUAGGAAGGGUAGACAAUGUUGCAAGAGAAGGGAUUUCCAUCUGAGAUGUGGCUCCACAUAGACUUCAAAUGAUAUUAAAAUACU